CAUAAGAGAACUCACAGUGGAGAAAGACCUUAUGAAUGUAAUGAAUGUGGCAAAGCCUUUAUUCAAUCAUCACACCUCAUAAUUCAUAAAAGAUCACACAGUGGAAACAGGACUUACAAUUGUAAUGAAUGUGGCAAAGCCUUUAAUCGGUCAUCAUAUCUAACGACUCAUAAGAGAACUCACAGUGGAGAGAGGCCUUAUGAAUGUAAUGAAUGUGGUAAAGCCUUUAGUCUGUCCUCAGGCCUCACAGUUCACAAGAGAACUCACAGUGGAAAGAGGCCUUAUGAAUGUGACGAAUGUGGCAAAGCUUUUAGUCAUCUUUCAAGUCUCAGAAAUCAUAAGCGAUCUCACAGUGGAGAAAGGCCUUAUGAGUGUAAUGAAUGCGGCAAAGGCUUUAGUCAACUCUCAACUCUCAGAAAUCAUAAGAGAUGUCACAGUGUAGAUCAGCCUUAUGAAUGUGAGGAAUGUGGUAAAGCCUUUAGGUUGUCCUCAUACCUCACAAUUCAUAAAAGAGCUCACAGUGGAGAGAGGCCUUAUAAAUGUAAUGAAUGUGGCAAAGCCUUUAUUCGGUCCUCAUACCUCACAACUCAUAAGAGAUCUCACAUUGGAGAGAAGUCUUACGAAUGUAAAGUGGCAACACCUUUCGUUACUCCUCAGGCCUCACUGAGCAUACGGGAGCUACAGAAGAAAAAGGCCUUGGGGAUUGUGGGAAAGCCAUAG